AUGGCCCCGUGGCCCGUCCCUCCUCCGCCGCCGCCGCCGCCUCCGCCUCUGGCCGCGCCGCCGCCGCCCGGCGCCUCGGCUAAGGGGCCGCCGGCGCGCAAGCUGCUGUUCAUGUGCACCUUGUCCCUGUCCGUCACCUACCUGUGCUACAGCCUCCUGGGCGGCUCGGGCUCCCUGCAGGUCCCGCUGGCGCUGCGGGAGCCGCCGGGCGCCGCCGCCGCGCCCCCGCCGAGCCCGCCGCCGCCCUCGCCGCCGUCCCCCGCGCGCCUCGGCGCCCCCGCGCCGCCGCCGGACAACGCGAGCCGCGCGGAGCCCACCGAGCCUCCCGAGCGGCCCGCCGCCCCCGGGGCCGACGGCUGGGGGCUGGCGAGCGGCGGCGGCGGCGCCCGGGACGCCUGGCUGCGGCCCCCGCCGGACCCCAGCGAGGUGACCGCGGCGCGGGGCGAGCUGCCCGGGAGGGACCUGCCGGAGAGGGACGCGCCCGAGCCCAGCACCGCCGAGGAGGAGCUCGCGGGCCGGAGGGCGGCCAACGGGAGCGGCGAGCCGGGCGGCGCCGCCAGCACCCCGGACUACGGGGAGAAGAAGCUGCCCCAGGCGCUGAUCAUCGGGGUCAAGAAAGGGGGGACCCGCGCGCUGCUGGAGGCGAUCCGCGCGCACCCGGACGUGCGGGCGGUGGGCGUGGAGCCGCACUUCUUCGACAGGAACUACGAGAAGGGCUUGGAGUGGUACAGAAGCGUGAUGCCUAAGACUGUGGAUGGGCAGAUAACCAUGGAGAAGACACCAAGCUACUUUGUGACAAAUGAGGCGCCUAAGCGCAUCCACUCCAUGGCCAAGGACAUCAAACUGAUCGUGGUGGUGAGGAACCCUGUGACGAGGGCCAUCUCCGACUACACCCAGACCCUGUCAAAGAAGCCCGAGAUCCCCACCUUCGAGGUGUUGGCCUUCAAAAACCGGACCCUGGGGCUGAUCGAUGCCUCCUGGAGCGCCAUCCGCAUAGGGCUCUAUGCCUUGCACCUAGAGAACUGGAUGCAGUUCUUCCCCCUCUCCCAGAUCCUCUUCGUCAGCGGGGAGCGGCUCAUCGUGGACCCCGCAGGGGAAAUGGCCAAAGUUCAGGAUUUUUUAGGCCUCACGCGUGUUGUGACUGAGAAGCAUUUCUAUUUCAAUAAAACCAAGGGGUUCCCUUGCCUCAAGAAGCCAGAAGACAGCGGCGCCCCCAGGUGCUUAGGCAAAAGCAAAGGUCGGACUCAUCCCCGCAUUGACCCGGAUGUGAUCCACAGACUGCGGAAAUUUUACAAGCCCUUCAACAUGAUGUUUUACCAAAUGACUGGUCAAAAUUUCCAGUGGGAGCAGGAAGAGGGUGACAAAUAA